AUGUUUACCACAGCCAUUCGACGAUCCAUCACAACAACAGCACAGCGCCAUUAUGCUACUACACCGCAAGCAUUUCACGUAUUUAAUCGUGAAGCAAAGAAGCUUCAGAAAGAUCGUGCUGCCUUCAACGUGGAAGAGAGUCGUACGGUGGACUACCUCAAAGAUGAAAUAGCAGCUCGUGUAGCAGACAGACUGUUGGACAUCAACCGAGAUUUUGAUACAGUGGUAGAUUUGGGUUCUGGAUGUGGACAUAUUGUAAAGCAUGCCACCAAAGACAUGAUGAAAAAACUAAUCAUGUGCGACAUGUCAGAGAAAUCACUGAACCGAGAUAAAGAUGUAUCUUAUGAGGUCGAGGUUGAAAGACAAGUGGUUGACGAAGAGCAUUUACCAUUUGCAGAGAACUCACUAGACGCCGUUGUCAGCAGUCUUUCGCUGAACUGGGUCAACGAUCUACCCGGUGCAUUGAUUCAGAUCAAAAACUCAUUGAAGCCUGAUGGUGUGUUUAUUGGAGCUAUGUUUGGUGGAGAUACUUUGUUCGAGUUGAGAACAUCGCUACAGCUGGCUGAAGUAGAGAGAGAAAGUGGCAUCUCACCACGUAUAUCGCCUAUGGCUGAUUCAAGUGACAUGUCUCGUAUGUUGACUCGCGCAGGGUUCACGUUGACGACUGUCGAUGUGGACGAGAUUCAAGUGAAUUACCCAAGUGCUUUCGAACUGAUGCAGGAUCUUAGAGCUAUGGGGGAGAGCAAUUCUGUGUUGUCAAGACGACCAUUUUUAAAACGAGAUACGCUUAUGGCAGCAGCAUCGAUCUAUCAGGAGCUACAUGGUAAUCCUGAUGGAACUAUUCCAGCUACAUUUUCCAUCAUUUAUCUUAUUGGAUGGAAGCCUUCUGAAAAUACACCAUUACCGAAAAAACGUGGUUCAGCCAACGCAUCAUUAAAGGACGUGUUGGAGGAAAAAUAG